UACCGUUCCUGGUUAGACAACCGCGAAUACUCGCUACUCAGUGAUUGUCCGGAACACAUUGUUUUUAGACGGUUUGAAUUUCAAAACUCGUUGAAUGAUAAUAUCGAAGAGGUGAGGAAAGCGGAAAACGAUUGACCAAAUUGUGAUACAGUUUGACGGCAAUUUAUUAGGGGUUUUGAAUUUCGAGAGAUCCUCUUUCGCUUCGGAAUUUCCAGUUGAAUUCUCAAAUAGAAGAGACAUGGGUGGAAUGACUCAGAGAUCGUGGACCCCAACAAAGCGUAGAGGUCCAAUCGCCGCUGAAUUUGGAAGUCCUGGACCAGCAUGCGUCACCCUACCACCACUUAUAGGUAAAACUGUGCCAGAUUCUAAAAGAGGAAGAGCCCCUGCAUUCUCAUUCGGCAGCAGACAUUCACAGAAAAAUGAGAGCCCUGGGCCCGGACCCGGUCAAUACAACGUAUCCGGGCUCAACGCGAAAGGCAAGGACAAGGCACCAGCGUUAUCCCUUCAUGGCCGUACCCACACCGAUAAGAUUGAGAGUACCCCAGCGCCUGGCGACUACGAUCCACAAAAGGCAGAGAAAAUUAUUCAGGACAGCUCGCCGAAAUACUCAUUCGGAAUAAAAACACACACGGAGAGAAUUAAUAGCACUCCAGCACCCGGUGAUUAUUGCGCUGAGAGCGUAAUCCUCGACAAAGCACCGCAAUAUACAUUUGGCAUGAGACACGCUGGGGAGAGACCUAUUGACACUCCGGCGCCUGGGUCUUACUACCCAGAGAGAUUUAAGUUGGGUAGAACUCCAGAGUUUACGUUUGGUCGUAGACUAUCUCUGGGUAAAAUCAGUGAUACUCCAGCGCCAGGCUCAUACUGCCCUGAAAAAGUUAAUCUGGACCACCAGCCGCAGUACUCUUUUGGCCUAAAAACGCCCCUCAGUAAGGCUAACGAUACGCCAGCGCCUGGUGCGUAUUGCCCAGAGAGGGUGAAUUUGCAUAAAGGUCCUGAGUUUAGUAUAAGUGGAAAAGGAUUGACAGGCAAGCCUGCUGAUACUCCAGCUCCGGGCGCAUACAGCCCUGAGAAAGUCAUUCUCAAUCAUCAUCCACAAUACAGUUUUGGCCUUAGAACACCUCUCGACAGACCUAGUGAUACUCCAGCCCCUGGAGCAUAUUCUCCAGAGAGAAUGAAUCUGCAUAAAGGGCCUGAGUACAGUUUAAGUGGGAAAGGACCUUCCGAAAAAUUUAACGAUACUCCAGCUCCAGGGGCUUACUGUCCAGAGAAAGUCAAUUUACACAAGGGUCCAGAGUAUAGUUUAAGUGGAAAGGGUCUCUCAGAAAAGUUAAACGAUACUCCAGCUCCAGGGGCUUACUGUCCGGAGAAAGUAAAUUUGCACAAAGGUCCAGAAUAUAGUUUGAGUGGAAAAGGACAUUCUCCGAAAUCAGAUGAGACUCCCGCUCCAGGAGCUUACUGUCCAGAGAAAGUCAAUUUACACAAGGGUCCAGAGUAUAGUUUAAGUGGAAAGGGUCUCUCAGAAAAGUUAAAUGAUACUCCCGCUCCAGGAGCUUACUGUCCAGAAAAAAUCAAUUUACACAAGGGUCCAGAAUAUAGUUUGAGUGGAAAAGGUCAUUCUCCAAAAUCAGAUGAGACUCCAGCCCCGGGAGCGUACUGUCCAGAAAAAAUCAAUUUACACAAGGGUCCCGAAUAUAGUUUAAGUGGAAAGGGUCUCUCAGAAAAGUUAAACGAUACUCCAGCUCCAGGAGCUUACUGUCCAGAAAAAAUCAAUUUGCACAAGGGUCCAGAGUAUAGUUUAAGUGGAAAGGGUCUCUCAGAAAAGUUAAACGAUACUCCAGCUCCAGGGGCUUACUGUCCGGAGAAAGUAAAUUUGCACAAAGGUCCAGAAUAUAGUUUGAGUGGAAAAGGUCAUUCUCCAAAAUCAGAUGAGACUCCAGCCCCGGGAACGUACUGCCCAGAAAAAAUCAAUUUACAUAAGGGUCCAGAAUAUAGCUUAAGUGGAAAAGGUCUCUCAGAAAAGUUAAACGAUACUCCAGCUCCAGGAGCUUACUGUCCAGAAAAAAUCAAUUUGCACAAGGGUCCAGAGUAUAGUUUAAGUGGAAAAGGUCUCUCAGAAAAGUUAAACGAUACUCCAGCUCCAGGGACGUACUGUCCGGAGAAAGUCAAUUUACACAAAGGUCCAGAAUAUACUUUGAGUGGAAAAGGCCAUACACCGCAACCAGAUAAUACUCCAGCUCCUGGAGCCUAUUCUCCGGAAAGAAUUAAUUUCCAUAAAGGACCUGAGUACAGUUUGAGUGGAAAAGGUUUUGUCGAAAAACUUAAUGACACUCCAGCUCCAGGAGCUUAUUGUCCAGAAAAAGUUAAUCUACAUAAAGGGCCCGAGUUUACUUUAAGUGGAAAAGGCCCUGCGGAAAAGCUUAAUGAUACUCCCGCCCCAGGAGCUUACUGUCCAGAGAAAAUCAAUUUACAUAAAGGUCCAGAAUACAGUUUAUCUGGAAAAAGUCUUUCCCCAAAAAUAGAAAAUACUCCAGCCCCUGGAGCUUACUACCCAGAAAGGAUAAAUCUUCACAAGGGUCCAGAGUACAGUUUAUCUGGAAAAGGCUACUUUCCAAAAUUAGAUGACACUCCAGCGCCUGGAGCUUACAGUCCGGAAAAAAUGGAUAUGGAUCACUAUCCACAGUACAGUUUUGGUUUGAGAACGCCUCUGGACAAGCCCAGUGACACUCCAGCUCCGGGCGCGUAUUGUCCAGAGAAAAUGAAUUUACACAAAGGUCCAGAAUACAGUUUGGCAGGAAAAGGUCUAUCUCCAAAGACAGAUGACAAUCCAGCCCCAGGUGCGUACAGUCCGGAAAAGGUGCAUUUGGAUCACACCCCCCAGUACAGUUUUGGCUUGAAAAUUCCUCUAGAUAAGCCCAGUGAUACUCCAGCCCCUGGGGCGUAUUCACCAGAAAAAUAUAAUUUGCACAAAGGCCCUGAAUAUUCACUGAGUGGAAAAGGUCUCUCCGAGAAGCCCAACAAUACUCCAGGCCCGGGUCAAUACUACCCCGAGAAAAUAAAAAGUCUGGAUCAUAUGCCUUAUUACAGCUUUGGUAAUAGAACUCGGCUGAGUAAACCUAGAGACACUCCAGCACCAGGUACUUACUCACCUGAAAAAUCCUGCACGCAUCUUGAUGGUUCACCUAGGUACAGCUUUGGUGUAAAACACUCUCCUUAUCGGUGCAAUCCUUUUCCAGCCCCUGGUUCGUACUCUCCUGAAAAUUCCAAGAUUGACAGCUCUCCGCAGUACAGUUUUGGGGUGAGGACUCAAUUGGAGAAGCCCAGCAAUACGCCUGCUCCUGGAGUUUAUUCACCUGAGAAAGUAAAUCUCAAUAGAGGACCUGAGUACAGUCUCAGUGGAAAGCAUGUGGUGCCGAAGCUCACGGAGGUGCCAGGACCAGGACACUAUAGUCCGGAGAAUGCAAAAUUAAUUUGGGAGAAAGCUAUGCAAUUCACAUUUGGGUUGAAACCGCCCAUGAGCAAAGACGAGAAUACUCCAGCUCCAAAUGUCUACACAAUUCCCUCAGCCCUGGGUGGCACUAAAGAAGGAAAUAAGAAGACAGCCCCAGCUUACUCGAUAUCAGGUAGACAAAAGGUAUUCACCGACGAUCGAGUACUUGUUCCAGGACCUGGAGCUUAUGAGUCCAUCAGAACUGACAUUGUCAGAGCGAAGAGUGCUGCUUACAGCAUAAGUGGGCGCUAUCAAAUCCCCACUAAUCAGUCGAAAAUUCCAGCGCCUGGAGCUUAUUGUCCAGAAAAAGUGGUCCUGGACAUACCCCCAGCUCACACAUUCGGGAUCAGGCACUCACAGUACAUCUGCAACUUGAAGGAUCCUCUAUCCUCGUACUAAGUCAAUAGCGACGGCUUCCAUCGAUUACAUCCUCACACACCAUCUGUUUUAAUUUUUCGCUGACACCACACAUUGUUUCUCUCUCCAAAAUUAAUGGACAGUGCUUGAAGAGCUUGAAUAGCAUAAAAAAAACAAAAAUUAAGUUUAAAAUAUAUGAGAAACAUAAUGCUGUUUCUAGCUAACACAUUAACAUUUUUCUCUUCACUAAAUAAUUUUUUUCAUAUUUUAACAAUCAAUUAUUUUAACAAUCAAUUUUUUAUUUUACCAUAUUCAACAGAGAAUAAAGAUUGUUUGAUCAUUAUAAAAAUCUCCAAACUUCGUCAGCA